CCCCACUUUCCCCGCAGCCCCUCCCGGGCUCCUGCCACCCUGGAUUCCCGCAGUUCCUCACCAUGUUUCGCUCCCUUUAGAUACCCCAUGGAGCAGCCCAAUUUCUAUGAGUCGGAGCCCCGGCCAGUGGUGAGCGCUCAGCACCAGCAGCAGCAGCAGCAGCAGCAGCACCAGCAGCAGCACCAGCAGCAGCAGGAGGGGGGGGCUUUCGGCUACCGGGACCCCCCCUCCGAGCUGGGGGACAUUUGCGAGAACGAGAACUCCAUCGACAUCAGCGCCUACAUCGACCCCUCGGCGUUUAAUGACGAGUUUCUGGCCGAUCUGUUCACCCACCAGCAGCACCAGCAGCAGCAGCAGCACCAGCAGCAGCAGCAGCACCACCACCACCACGGGCUGGGCAAACUGAGCCAGGACAAGGCCAAAGGGCCGGAGUUUGACCACCGCAAGGUGCCCGUCCCGCAGCCCCGAAACCAGCCGCCGCCCCACCCUGUGCAUCAACCGCCCGGCUUCUGCUGCCUCCACAACUACGCGGGGGGCAAGGCGGAGGGUCUGGGGCCGCCGAGGUCAGUCAUGGUCAAGCAGGAGCCGCGGGAGCAGGAGAAGGAGCUGAGCCGCUGUCCGGUGCCCGGAGCCUUCGCCCCGCAGCCGCCGCACCACCCGCCUCACCUGCAGCACCAGGUCGCUCACUGCGGCCAGACCACCAUCCACCUCCAAGCCGGACACCCCACGCCGCCCCCCACGCCCGUGCCCAGCCCCCAGCACCUCAGCGCCCCGUCCGCCGCCCUCAAAAUGCAGCCGGCACCCCCGCCCAAAAGCAAGAAGUCGGUGGACAAGUCGAGCCUGGAAUACCGCCUGAGGAGGGAGCGGAACAACAUCGCCGUGAGGAAAAGCCGGGAUAAAGCCAAGAUGCGCAAUGUGGAGACGCAGCACAAAGUGAUUGAACUGACCAGUGACAACGAGAGACUCCGCAAGAGGGUGGAACACCUGAGCCGGGAGCUGGAGACCCUCCGGGGUCUCUUCAGACAGCUCCCUGAAGACUCUUUGGUAAAAGCGAUGGGAACCUGUGCCUGAACACACACAGUGUGUGUGUGUGUGUGUGUGAGAGAGACACUGAGAGACUCACAGAGACACAGAGAGACUCAGGGAGAGGGAGAGGGAGCUGCAAACUCUCCAACUCCAAAAGCCUUUUCAGUAAAAACCAACACCCGACAAAGCGACGCCUCUGUCCGCCCGGACUCCUCUUUAAGCCGACACUAAAAACAUGGGCUGGACCAUCCAAGCAGCCCAGUCCAACUCUCCCUCCAGGCAGCUGACCACAUCCCGGACCUGCUCAGACCCCAGAUGGUGAAGAUGUGUCUGUGUGUGUGUGUGUUUUUUUUUUUAAAUUUUAAAUGUUGAGUAAGUGCAGCCUCUGUCAGAAUGUGCGGGGUAGCUGCUCGACCCGGAGAGCAGGGCGGGAUUGGGACACAGAUUGAGCGGUGGGGAUUUGCGGGGAGGUGGCGAUGGUUAGAGUGGGUGGGGGUGGGGGGUGGGAGGGGAAGGGUUUGAGAAAUCAGUAAAUAACCAAAAAUAUUUUAUUACUAGACACAGAGACUUUAAAGAGUAUUUUGUACCAUGUUGCCGCUUGGGUAGCUCCAGAACUGCUGACGGGGUGGGGGGGAGGAAGAUUUGUCCCAUGUGAAUUUAUGACAGAAACUGUCUCCGAGAAGUAAAUAGAUGGAAAAAUAUAUCACCCCCACCCCCCCCCAUCCCCACCUCCCCAAGCCGUGUGAUCAUGCGGAACUUGCCAAUUUCUCGAUGAUUUCGAGUCAGGUUUCAGGGGCUGGACAUUGGGACAGAAUCUGGGGAGGUGUCUGUUUGAUAUUUCAGCCCCAGUUUGUAAGGGGUUUUGGCUUUUGAUAUCGCUCUGUUUGAACUGGAUGUGAAGUGUGUAGGUUUUUAUUUACCCACCACCCCAGGGCUGUCUCUGUCAGUUUGUAUUUGUUAUUUUUUUCUCUGGCGGGAGGGAAUGUCUUUGUUUUAUGUGUCUGUAUGUCUGUGUAUAUAUAUUUUUUCUGGAUGUUUUGUUUUAGAGGGGAAGCCGCUGACUGCUUUAGUCCCAGAGACGGUCGGCUCACCCAGUCUCCAUUCGCAACGUUGUCAGCGAUUCCAAAGAUUUUUUUAAACUAAUUUGUACCGAUAUCUGAUACCCUGUUGUCCAUGCAAUUUUAUGAAAAAAUAUGUAUAAUAAAUGAAAUAUUAUAUUUAA